UGGAUAUCCGGAGAUUGCCUUGGAGGCAUCAGUACAGGAAUGAAAAUGCUAAUUUUGAUAAGAUUGACAGAGCCCAUUCAGAAGAGAGUUGAAGAGGUAAUGCCUAUUGCGACCGGGGAGGAGCGUGAAGAACUUGAAGCUGCGUUUGAAGGAAGGAACAUUCUGGAUGCAGACCAUCCUGUUGGUCCGUUUGGUACAAAGGAAGCACCUGUUGUGGUUCAGUCUGACUAUGAUAAAAGAAUAGUUGGGUGCCUUGGAGGUGAAGGCGAGGAUGAGCAUGAUAUUGUCUGGUUUCGGCUGGAGAAAGGCAAGCCACAUGAAUGCCUUGUGUGCUCACAGUAUUUCACGUUGGAAGUCAUAGGCCCAGGAGGAUCACCACCACAUUGGGAUGGUGAUGAUGAUCAUCAUCACUGAUUGUUGCUUUUGCCAUUUUCCUACCGGAAUAAAAUCUGGUGAGAUGU